UUCUUCUGUGAUCUGCAGCUUCAACAGUAACAAGCACAAAUAUCAAACAAAGCCAUUGUUGAACAAAAAAACGAAAAGCACAAAGAGAAGAGAACGAAGCUUUGAAGGACGAAGCUGUGAAGCAUUGAACUGAAUUAAAACCCUAGCAUUAGCAUAGCUAUAGUUACUUAUAAACAGUAGAGUGAAGUUAGUGUGAUGUGGUGAUCGUGUCAACAGUUUUGAUUCCAAUCGUAAUCGUAACGAUGAUCAACAACGCCAACGGCAUGAUUUCAACGUCGUCUUCGUCGAAUGCGACACAAACCACUGGCCUGAAGACAUAUUUCAAGACUCCUGAAGGUCGAUACAAGCUUCACUAUGACAAGUCUUACCCUUCUGCUCUUAUUCACUACGCACAUGGCAAAACCGUUUCUCAGGUAACUCUGGCACAUCUCAAGGACAAGCCGGUGCCUUCAACCCCGACGGGGCAGUCUUCGAGUUUCAAUGCCAGCAGUGGGGUACGGUCAGCGGCGGCAAGAUUGUGGGGAGGAAGCAACGGAAGCCGGGCUCUUAGUUUUGGAGGCAAUGGUAGCAGCAAGAACCUUGGGGGAAAUGCUAGGAUUGGUUCUAUUGGUGCCUCUAGUUCAAGUAAUUCAAUGGCUAAUUCAAAUUUUGAUGGGAAAGGAACUUACUUGAUCUUCAAUGUUGGAGAUGCAAUUUUCAUAAGUGAUUUGAAUUCUCAAGACAAGGAUCCCAUAAAAUCUAUCCAUUUCAGUAAUUCAAAUCCUACAUGCCACGCAUUUGAUCAGGAUUCUAAGGAUGGGCAUGAUUUGCUUAUUGGCUUGAGUACUGGUGACGUUUACUCAGUGUCACUGAGACAACAAUUACAGGAUGUUGGUAAAAAGCUUGUUGGGGCCCAGCAUUACAACAAAGAUGGUUCUGUCAAUAACAGCCGUUGUACUUGUAUUGCUUGGGUUCCUGGAGGUGAUGGUGCGUUUGUUGUAGCUCAUGCUGAUGGGAAUUUGUAUGUAUAUGAAAAGAACAAAGAUGCUGCUGGCGAUUCUUCAUUUCCUGUUGUUAAAGAUCAAACACAAUUUUCUGUUGCCCAUGCACGUUACAAUAAGAGUAAUCCAAUAGCGAGAUGGCAUAUAUGCCAGGGUUCAAUCAACGGUAUUUCUUUCUCAACUGAUGGCGCUUACAUAGCAACUGUUGGAAGAGAUGGUUAUUUACGAGUGUUUGAUUACUUAAAAGAACAACUUAUAUGUGGUGGGAAAAGUUAUUAUGGUGCUUUGUUAUGUUGUGCUUGGAGCAUGGAUCGAAAAUACGUUUUGACUGGAGGAGAGGAUGAUUUAGUUCAAGUUUGGAGUGUGGAGGAUCGCAAGGUUGUGGCAUGGGGUGAGGGACACAACUCAUGGGUCAGUGGGGUGGCUUUUGAUUCAUAUUGGUCAUCCCCUAAUUCAAAUGACAAUGGAGAGACCAUUAGAUAUCGGUUUGGUUCUGUUGGUCAGGACACACAAUUGCUUCUCUGGGACCUGGAAAUGGAUGAGAUUGUAGUACCCUUGCGACGUCCUUCUGGUGGAUCCCCAACUUACAGUGCUGGAAGCCAGUCGUCCCACUGGGACAGUGUUGUCCCAUUGGGCACCUUGCAACCUGCUCCUAGUAUGCAGGAUGUUCCAAAAAUCUCUCCGCUGGUUACCCACCGUGUUCACACAGAACCACUCUCAGGCUUGAUAUUUACUCAGGAAUCUGUACUUACUGCAUGUCGGGAGGGGCACAUAAAAAUCUGGAUGAGACCUGCAGCUGCUGAGAGCCAAUCAAGCAACUCUGAAACCUUGUUAGCUACCAGCCUCAAGGAGAAGCCUUCAAUUUCAAGUAAGAUUGGCAAUUCUAGCUACAAACAAUGACUAAAAUCAUAAAUCUUGCCAAAAAUCUAAAGGAAAUUUUAAGCAAUUUUUUUAACAUGGUUUAUCUUUUCCUUCGGUUGGUCUCCUAGUUUUAACAUGUCAUUCUAGUAAAUUUAAACCAACCGGUUCUAUUGUAUAUUCUGGAAUGAGCAUGCCAUUGAUGGCACCGUGGGGUUGAGAGGGUGAAUCCUUUCCUCCUCCUACUGUAAGUAAAAAACGGCUGUCAUUAGGAUAUCUGAUUACAGGAAUAAUGUGAAAUUGGUUCUUGG